AUGCAGCGGGCGCCCUGCGGCCAGCCUUCCCCGUCGCGGGACGGCCAAGUUCGGGACGGCGCUGGUGCCGGACUCGGACCUGUCGGGUCUCCCAGCCUCAGCCCGGGCCCUCCCCCGCCGGCGCCUCCCCGCUCCCGGCCCCCCGAGUGCCCCCGGCGUCUGAGCGCGGCGGUCGCGCGGGGGCGUGCACAGGGGGCCUUUGUUGGCCCGACGGGAGCGGCCAGCCUCGCGGGGCGGCGCCCGCCUCACCUCACCUGGCGCCCCCGGCCGCCGGGACCCGGCGCAGAGCACGAACGCGCCCAGGGCCCCCAGCUCGUCCAGCGCACCCCGACCGCGCGCCUCAGCCGGCACAGCCCGCGACGCCGGGGCACCGCACCGGAGGCCGGCUCUUACCUUCCGCGCUCGCCCUGCUCCCGCGGCUCCUCCUCCUCCUCCACCCCGGUGGCGGCGGCCGGGCCGGGGGUGAGCGCGCGAGUGUGCGCGAGCCGCCGCUUCACUUUCUCCCUCCCCCAGGCCGCUGGCUCUGGGGAUCCCCUCGGGACCGGGGGACCUGCGGGGCCGGAUCGGAGGUCUGAGAGGGGCGGGGAUGCGAGGCGCUCGGACGGCCUCGGAGGGAGCUGGGGAGGCAGAGUUCUUGGAGCGGGAUUUUGGGGAGUGCGGGGUUCGGGAGAAGAGAAGGCCGGCACCUUCAGCUCCCGCGGCAGCCGCUGCCCGCCGCCGCCCCGCCCGCAGGCGCCCUAUUGUAAGCCGCCUCCCCGGCCCGACCGCCUCGCCCACCGGCCCCCGCCCCGCCCCCGUGAGGCCUCGGCGCCGGCGGAGCCCUGCCCGCCCCGCCUCCCGCAGGUGGGAGGGGGCGGGGAGGCCCGGCUGGCCCACGUGAGCGAGACCGGCCCCGGCGAGGGGGAGGGCGAGCGCUGGGAUGACGUCAUCGCCUCAUGA